CACUGCUGCAUAUCCAUCUGGAUGGAUGGAAAUCUUCUGCACAAUCAACCAGAAUGAGAAGAACAACAGGAGGAGCUUAACCAACAACUUCAGUUGUUAAAGCAGAGCGACUAUGGACCCGAGGAACUCCUAAUGUCAGCAGAGGCCACGCCCAUCAUGGAUGAGUUGGACACUGGGGAAGAUGUCAGGAAAGAAACAUCUACCAACCAGCCAGGAUACUCCCAGGCAGACACCACCCUGUUGUACCCCCCUCCGCUGUCCCCCGACCCCGUCAGCCCGCUGACUCACCUGGGGACGCUGCUGGCUGGACACAACGCACCGAGGACCGGCGAAUGGGACAGGGGACUGGACCUGGGGUUGCAAGGCUGUCAGUUACUGGGAACAACAAGGGAACCAGGAAGAGAACCUCACGCAGACCAGAGUGUCACCAUCCUGCACGCCAAGGUCGCGCAGAAGUCCUACGGCAACGAGAAAAGGUUCUUCUGCCCGCCUCCUUGUGUUUACAUCAGCGGUCAUGGAUGGAGAGUCAUGCAGGACCAUCUGAAAGAGGCUGGCUAUGGGGACUCUGUGUAUCGGGUGUGUGGUUACAUGUGUCUGGACAGCUCCAGUCAGUCUCAGGCAGACACAUUCAAACUGCUCUUCGAUUACCAGCCAAACUCCAGGCUGUUUGCCUGUGCCAAGUCCCUGUUCAUCUCUGAUCAGGACAAGAGGAAGCAUUUCUGCCUGCUGCUGCGACUCUUCUUGGGCAACAGACAGGAAGUGGGUUCCUUCCACAGCAGGAUGAUCAAAGUCAUCUCCAAACCCUCCCAGAAGAGACAGUCCAUGAAGAACGCCGACCUGUGUAUCUCCUCAUGCUCCAGAGUAGCUUUGUUCAACCGUUUACGCUCACAGACGGUCAGCACUCGUUACCUCUCGGUGGACAGAGGAGCUUUCAUAGCCAGCGCCAGACAGUGGACAGCCUUCACCAUCACCAUGGUGGAGGACCACCGUGCUGACCAAGGGGACUUUGUGCUGAGCGAAGGCUUCAUCUGUUACGGCUGUGUGGUCCAGUUAGUGUGCACCGAGUCUGGAGUAGCUCUGCCGCCCAUGGUUAUCCGUAAGGUUAACAAGCAGCACGCCAUCUUAGACGUGGACGAGCCGGUUUCUCAGCUCCACAAGUGUGCCUUCCAGUUCAAAGACAGUCCACAUGCAUACCUGUGUUUAUCCAAUGACACCAUCAUACAGCACCAGGCCCCGUCCUGUGUCAAAGACCCCAGCAGAGUGGUGCUGAACGACGGAGCCUGCUGGACCAUCAUCGGAGUGGAAGCAGUGGAGUUCACUUUUAAUCAGGGUGUGGCCUGCAUCCAGACACCAGUCACUCCUUUUCCUGUUAUCACUGGGUUAGAGGUGAAUGGUGGAGGACAUGUUGCCAUGUUGGAGAUCCAAGGAGAAAACUUCAGCCCUCAUCUCAAAGUCUGGUUUGGCAACAGCGAGGCAGAGACCAUGUUCAAAUCUCCCAGAUCUUUGCUCUGCGUCGUUCCUGACAUCUCUGUGUUCAGCGACGGCUGGCGCUGUCUGCGACGCGUCAUCACCGUCCCUCUGUCUCUCAUCCGAUUGGACGGCCUGAUUUAUCGCACGUCCUUCAGUUUCACCUACACCCCUGAGCUCCAGCCGCUGGCGCCUGUCCGAGGAGCUGCGGGAGGAGAGAAGAGAGAGGGAGGGAUGGAGGAUGGCCAGGAGGACGACGUCCUGUUAGAGACCAUCCAUCAGGAGUUCACCAGAGCCAAUUUCCACCUCUUCAUGCAGAGUUAGCGCACCUGUCCUCAGGUGAAUGUUUGGAGUCUGAUUAUCAGGUCGAGCAAAGAACUGAUUUUUGUUUUUUUAUCAAUGCUGGUUCAGUGUCAGUGAACCAUGUGCAAAUGUUCUGACCCUUCCUGGACCGCAGUAUUCCCUCUUUGUUAAUCUUUGAU